UCACAAGAUAAAGCAAAUGACAAAGCCCUGAUGUUAAAUAGCAGGCGAAGAUGUUUCGAUUUCAAAACGAUUUAGAGCACAGUUGAAAAGUUAAUACGCUGACUAUAAUGGACUAAUUAGAAAAAUAAAAGCAGUCAGUUUCAAUGCGUGAGAUAAGACCUGUGUCUCACGGCCAAUGCUUGAGAGUUGGCAGCUCGGAGAAGGCUAGGCUACAGUAACGUAACCUAUGAUAUCUCAAGUAUUGGCACCUACAGAAAUAGUUUUACACUGAAUUCUGAUGACAGGACAACCUGAGCAUAAAAGGUACGAAGGCAGACAAAGUUUACAGCUAUAAAGCUGUAAGGGAACCCACAACAUGGCAAGCACACAGCAGUCUGCUUUUGAGUAUGUCCAAAAUGGCAGAGCCCUUCUUGAGGGUCACCUCCAGAAACCCUCCUUGGUCGUUGAUGAGUUGCGAAAGAAUAACAUCCUCAGUGAAAAACAAGUUAGAGAAAUUAAAUCCCAUAAAAAGAGGUCUGUCAAAACCAGAAAGAUGCUGGACAUGAUUAUCAAGAAAGGGGAAUAUGCCAGUUAUGAACUGUUAAAAAUAUUGUACAACACAAGGAACCAAACCUUACCAAGAACAAACCCUACCCAGAAUCAACCUCGCCACCCAGAUUUACAUCAAUGGAUCAGCUGCUUUUCGUUUACGGAUGACCCAGAUUUACAGAGUGGCCUCGUCUCUGAAUCAGGGCCUUGUGAGAGGUACAAAAGGCAGCUGCGAACGAAAGCCGUUGAGUUUCUUCAUGCAAAAUGGGACCAGCACAUGCAUUUCCUCAAAGACAAGGCAAAAUGCAAACCCUUUACUUACAUUCCUGUCGUUUUGGACACCGACUCGAGUGAGCUGUCCAAAACUAAAAGCAAGUACAAAAAAGCACGCUCUAAGAAACUUAAGACUUACAUUCCAAGAGACAAGGGAAAACUGUCCCCUGGUCACUUACUGGAAAGCAGUGAGAAAAAGAUUCUACUUGUUGGUAAACCUGGUAUUGGAAAGACAACUGUUGUCCAGCAAGUUUUGAAUAUCUGGGCAGAGAAUGAGAAUCCUCAAGAGAGUUAUAUGUUCUACUUUGAUGAGCCUUCGAUGAGAUCAAUGUCUCACUCUUCACAGCCCUCAUCCUUGAGGUCUCUGCUGUUUGAAAGAUACCUUAAGCCAGAGGAAGGCACAGAGGAUGUGGUGCUGUGUGAUAUUCAAAAUAAUUCAGAAAAUGUUAUCUUCGUGUUUGAUGGGAUCAUGGAUGUGAUUGGCAACCCCGUGCUAAAUAACAUUAUGGCAAAAGAACUUCUGUGUGAUGCCAAGAUUCUGACCACGUGCAGACCAGAGGCAGAAGACUGCGAGUUUUUAUCUGACUGGCCGUCUUACAGAGUGGAGGUCCAAGGAUUCAACAACGAGUCCAUCCAUGCUUACUUAAAGUGGAUGUUAGGCACUGAGGAUGACUAUGUUUGUAGUGUUGCGAGCAACGACGCACUAUUCAGUCUAUGCCAUGUCCCAAUGUACGCUUUCAUAGUGACUGCUUGUAUUUCAUUUAGUCCCUGUGAGGCUAAAAACCACCCAUGCACCAUAACAGAAAUGUAUGUGCGGAUCUUUCGUCAUUGCAUGAAAAGACAUGGUGACCAAAAUGUUGAGUAUCUGGAUAAGUACAUUCAUGACAAUAUGGGGAACAUCAAGUUUCUAGCUAUAAACUCUUUCCAAGCAUUACUUGCGAAAACUGUAAACUUGACAGAAAUGGAUUGCAAGGACAACAGUGUUCAACAUGCGUUCUUGACCUCCAGUGCAGCAAAGGAAUCGUCAACUGGCCAUUCGUUUGCUUUUCUCCACAACACGAUGCAGGAGUUUUGGGCUGCUCUUUUCCUGUUGAUGACACCUGGAAACAUCACCUCCGUCCUUCAACAGUGCCAGACAGAAGAAGGAAAGUACUUGAAGUACAUUGUGUCCUUCCUCUGUGGACUCUUGUCCAGUGACAUUGCUGAAUUGAUUAACUGUGUAGUGCCAGAGGACCAGAUAAGGGAAAUAUCUGACAUAUACCUUGAGAAAGUCAUAGACACCUUCCUCGGGCCUGCAAUACUACAGGGACAUGAUGAGUCCCAUACCGAGUUGGAUGCUGAUCUCCUCUUCGUUUGCCAGUGCUUGUAUGAGCACCAGUCACCCGAAGCCUGCUCACUCCUUCUACAAAAAGUGGAGUAUGAGCUUGAUCUCUGUGGACAAUAUCUCGAUCCUCAACAGUGCUGUGCCGUGUCAUAUGUAAUCAACCAGUCCACAAACAGGAAUGUCCGUCUGUACCUGAAUGACUGCACUUUCUCUGAUCCAGGAUUGAGGCUGAUUCUGGGCUCUUUGAAAAAUCUUCAAUGUCUCAGAUUGGAUCCCACUACACAAUGUCAGGUGUGGAAAGCUGCUCUUCACUCAGGGAACCCGAGUGACUCUGAAGGCUUGCUAAGACUGUGUGAAUAUGAAAUUCACUUAAGAGUCAAGGAGCAACAGGACCAAAAGGUGUGGGAGAGAGUGGGAGAGGUCCUGAAGCGCAAGAGACCAGAGAAGGUCAAACUCUGUCUACAUUUGGUUGACAACUCACUGCACGCAGCUGAUUCCUUGGGAAAGAGCAUAUUUGACUGUUUGCCAAGCGUUGAGGCUAUCAGGUUUGUUGAACCUGUUGAUCUGAGACGAUCGUUAGUGGCAUGGAAAAUGGAGGUGAGGUCAUUCCAGCAGGAUAUCUUGAUGCACGGGGCUCUGUACCAGAUGGAGACGGGACUGAAAUCUGUAGAGGACCUGCAAGCAGUGCUUUGUCUGGCUAGCACAUAUUCUUUAGAGGAACAGAGCAAAUUCAUUUUGAGUUUGUACCAACAUAUAGGAAAAUAUGAGCAUGAUGAAGGUGUAGCAGUUCUACCAAUAUUGCAGCCAGUUUUCAAGUCAUUUCCUGCAGUCUGGUACAUACACUUUGCUGAUACGAAGGCCUCUGUCCUCCUUGAGGUGAUGAAACUCCAAAACGUGAAGAAACCAGUGGAGCUGUGGUGGUCAAAUGAUGAGUGUGACAUGAGCCUCAUUCAUUGUUUGCCUUAUAUUUCACAGCUAAGGCAAGUUCUGUUAUGUUAUUUGUCUGAUUGA